GUUCGUGACAGAAUCAUGGCGAACAACAUUCCGAUUGACCCGGGAUUCCCCGGGAAUACAAGUCCACAACAAAACAAAUGCAUGGAUGAGCUUCUUGCGUCCAUUCAGGAUCAGAUAACAACUCCAGUGGGCGAAAAGUUGGUAGCGAAAAUGGGGGGCAAAGAUUAUUUUCUAUGUCGCUUGCUGAGAGCGAGGAACUGGGAUGUUGCGGCGUCGACCAAGCUAUGCCAGGAAAUAGUCAGCUACAGGUCGCAGCACAAGCUUGAUUUCAUCUUGGAGAAGGUCAUUGGCGACCAGCCCCUUCAAGAUGGGAAAGACUUGAACUGGCGUCCAGAGAUCUAUGACGAGGGAGUGAAGCGAGUGCUUCCUUACAUCCCAUGCGGAAAGGCAUGGCUACACCUCGAUGGGACAGCCUAUCGAGAUAUGGAGGAUCAACAGGCUCAGCCCAGCGACAUUCUACACAAGUGCUCGUCGGAGGACAUCUGGCAUUGGUGGCACUUCCACCUGGAGGCGGGGAUGAAGGCCACGCUGGAUGGAGCCGCUCUUUACAACGCGCCCUUGAAGGGUGCCAUCCUUGUGUUCGACCUCAAGGGCUUCGGUGCCCGCCAUCUCAACACGACUUGCAUCAGGCUCCUGGCACAGCUCUUCAGCAUCGGCCAGUCGAAAUUCCCCGAGAGCCUGAGCAGGAUCUUCGUCCUCAAUGCCCCGACGCUGUUCUCUGGUGUGUGGAAUUCCGUGAAGGGCGUCUUGAACGAGCGAACUCGAA